CACAUAAAGAGACGAGUUCUUCUGGAGCCGCAAGAACACUCAUCCCACUUCUCUUUGUUCAAUCCUUGGUCAGGGGAGAGUGAUGAAGGUUCUCGCGAUAGCUUGCUGCUUCGUCGCGUUCGCCAUUCUUGGUGCUGCUGCCAGAGGAACGGAUUACUACGUGGGCGAUUGGACAAAUGGCGUGAAUUUCACGCAGUGGUCUCAAGGCAGAGUCUUCCACGCCGGUGAUUUACUGAUUUUCACAGUUUCCACGAGUGAUACCAUCCUCAGGGUGUCACAAUCUGUCUAUAAUAACUGCGAGUGGGAUUUGCGCUUCCCCAAGAUUUUCCCGGCUCCUUGGAAGACGACGUGGAACGAGACGGUGGUGCCAUGGGUGGGAGAAAACUAUUACGUUUCAUCGGUCCAGGACAAUUGCAAGACCGGGAAGAAGUUUAUGUUGAGCGUCCAAUCUCCGCCGGUUUACACUCCGAGAGAGUACACGGUUGGAGAUGAUCAAGGAUGGGCUCCGGGUGUGAAUUACUCGCAGUGGACUGCCAACAAAAACUUCUACUUCGGAGACUCUUUCAGGUUUUUGUUCAAUGCCUCGGAGCACUCAGUGGUGGAAGUGUGGGAGCCCGGCUACCAGCUUUGCAACGAGUCCUACUUCUUGCCGGUGCUCGGACUCCCCACGCGGCAAGAUGAUGGAAGAACUUUGUUCAAGGUGGUACCGCCUCAGGGAAUGCAUUACUACACGAGCGGCAAUGGGAACGAUUGCCAGUCGGGGCUCAAGAUGGCGCUGGAGAUCAAGCCGCAGGACGAGGCAUUCGCUCCAUCUCCAUCGCCGUCGGGUGGAGUUGCUGGGCAAGAAAGUUCCGCUGGUUAUAGAACGAUAAGUUUCCCGCUCUCGCUUGGAUCUGGAGCAGCGAUCGUGGCGCUCUCACUGCUCGCCAUGGCUUGAUUGUGAUUUUUUCUCGGGAUUGUUUAUAGUAUACUUGAUUGUUUUUGCUUUA